AUGUCUGAGACUUUCGAGUUCCAGGCUGAGAUCUCUCAGCUGCUCUCGCUCAUCAUCAACACGGUCUACUCCAACAAGGAGAUCUUCCUCCGUGAGCUCGUGUCCAACUGCUCCGAUGCUCUGGACAAGAUCCGCUACAAGUCUCUCUCCGACCCCUCAGAGCUGGAGUCCAACAAGGACCUCCGCAUCGACAUCAUCCCCGAUGAGGUCAACAAGACGCUGACCAUCCGGGACACGGGUAUCGGCAUGACCAAGGCCGACCUGGUCAACAACCUCGGUACCAUUGCCCGCUCUGGUACCAAGCAGUUCAUGGAGGCCCUCACUGCCGGUGCCGACGUCUCCAUGAUUGGUCAGUUCGGCGUCGGUUUCUACUCGGCCUACCUCGUCGCCGACCGCGUCACCGUCACGUCCAAGAACAACGACGACGAGCAGUACAUCUGGGAGUCGUCUGCCGGUGGCACCUUCAGCAUCUCCGCCGACACCGAGGGCGAGCAGCUCGGCCGCGGUACCGCCAUCGUCCUCCACCUCAAGGAUGAGCAGGCCGAGUACCUGAAGGAGUCCAAGAUCAAGGAGGUCAUCAAGAAGCACUCCGAGUUCAUCUCGUAUCCCAUCUACCUCCACGUCACCAAGGAGACCGAGACCGAGGUCCCCGACGAGGACGCCGCCGAGGAGAAGACCGAGGAGGCUGACGACGACAAGAAGCCCAAGGUCGAGGAGAAGGUUGUCGUCAGCUACAAGCUCGGCAACUCGCCCUGCGCCAUCCGUACCGGCCAGUUCGGCUGGUCCGCCAACAUGGAGCGCAUCAUGAAGGCCCAGGCCCUCCGCGACACUUCUAUGAGCAGCUACAUGUCGUCCAAGAAGACGUUUGAGAUCUCGCCCAAGUCGCCCAUCAUCCAGGAGCUCAAGCGCAAGGUCGAGGCCGACGGCGAGAACGACCGCACCGUCAAGUCGAUUGUCAAGCUGCUGUACGACACCUCGCUGCUCGUCUCCGGCUUCACCAUUGACGAGCCCUCUGGCUUUGCCGACCGCAUCCACAAGCUUGUCCAGCUCGGCCUCAACAUUGAGGAGGACGACUCCGCCGCCCCCGCCGACGAGGCUGAGGCUGCCGACGUCACUGCCACGGCUACCGGCGACAGCGCUAUGGAGGAGGUUGACUAA